UCACAUGGGGCAGCCCGGAGUUAUCAACCAUUUGCGUAAACGCUGGAUUCAAGUGCUGAGUGGUGGUUAACAGUCUGGCGAUAGUAGCAAAACAAGAUAAGAACUUCGCUAGGCAUAUUGCCUUCUGUCUUCUGUGCAAUAUUGAUUUUCCUCGUCGGACAGCAACAUGCAUCAGAAAACGUAACUUUUACAGAGUUUCUCAUCAGGACGCAGCGCAUUGCUCUUUUCCAAACGGAUAUCUUACAACGGUGUGAUGAAGCACUGAGAUUUUACACCAUAAGUACUUUGUACCAACAUGUCUAAACCAAUGGAUCACGUAAAACGACCGAUGAAUGCCUUCAUGGUUUGGUCCAGAGCGCAGAGAAGAAAAAUGGCUCAGGAGAACCCAAAAAUGCACAACUCCGAAAUCAGCAAAAGAUUGGGAGCGGAGUGGAAACUUCUCACUGAGUCGGAGAAAAGGCCAUUCAUUGACGAAGCUAAACGACUGAGAGCCAUGCACAUGAAGGAACACCCWGACUAUAAAUACAGACCUAGGCGAAAGCCAAAGACUCUGAUGAAAAAAGACAAGUUUGCCUUCCCAGUGCCCUACAAUCUUGGGGAGCACGACGCGCUAAAAGUUAGCGGUUUAUCUCAUGGAGCACUUUCCGAACACCUAUUGGGGAACCCCGACAAGGCGGCAGCGGCGGCCGCAGCAGCGAGAGUCUUUUUCAACCCGUCCAUGUCCACGAACCCCUAUUCGUUUUUUGAGCUCGGAUCGAAGAUGUCAGAGCUAUCCUCUCCCUCGUUUCCUUACCCAUCUCUGGGCUACCCUGGUGGCACGGCUUUCUCUGGAACUGGCGGUGUCGGUGGAACUCACACUCACUCUCAUCCAGCCCCGGGCAACCCAGGCUACAUGAUCUCCUGUAACUGUACGGGCUGGCCCUCUGCGGGUCUCCAGCCACCGUUAGCCUACAUCCUACUCCCCGGGAUGGGCAAACCUCAACUUGACUACCCUGCAUAUGCAGCGGCAUUAUGAUAGCCUAUUGGACUUAGGAGAGGUUUAAAUGUGAAAAAAUAUUKAUGCAAGAGUUUAUUAUGCAUGCACAAACUUGUACAUGUGAUGAAGUGCUCGURGUCUCAGAUAUCACAUGUGUAUGUAUAUUGAUUAAUGCCUUUAUCUAAGGUCGGGCCUAAUGCUUAUUUAGAGAACUCUCGAAACUWAUAUUCAGCCAUCAUCUGUCAAAUCCCAGAGGGACAGAACAAAAGGAUGGCAGGAAUACAGAGAGCAAAGGGCCCUUGUCAAUGUGAAUACUCAUUUGAAAGGUACCAUGUCUGUUGCUAAAGCACCGGCUUUACUGUCUUCUUAUCAAGUAGGCAGUUUACUACAUCACACAACAAAUCAGAUAUAAACAUGAACUGGUCAUACUUAUCUUCAUAUAUUUUAUCUGAUAAUUAAAUAUUGUUUAAGAAAUAUAAUCACUUGCUUUUAUAUGAUUUAUAUUGUUGGMCAAGAAGGAUUGCUAAUUUCUUGUGCUUCUGGCUACGCUCAUGUUGCUUUCCUGUUUCAAUCAGAACGACWUACGCCUGUAAAUGUGUACAGCCUAAAUGAUGGUAAUAUUUAAUUWGCCAUUUGGCUAGUAUUUGAGAUGUGGUCUGGAACUGACUGGGUGGUUUGGCUCAAAAUCCAGUUGAUAUUUUAAGUUUUCAAACACUGUUUAUUGGAUGUCUGUAAUAUUUAUUGUUUAGUGGGAAUCAUUAUGCUGAUCCAGUUGAUUGAACAGUGGACAUACCUUGUCCUGUAACAUUUGCACAGGAAAUAUUAAGUGCUUAUGGGAUGUAAUUUAUUUAAAGGAAUCACACCGCCAAGUAUGACGAGCCUAGAAGUUUUUUUUAAUUCGACAACAAUCGGUAUCCUUUCUUUCAACAUUGGCAAUUCACCAAAUUGUCUUUUUUUUCUUUUCUUGAGACCUUCGCAUUUAUGUGCAUAAGGAGCAACACUCGUUUUUACUAACUCUUAAUGAAGUUGUAUGUUUUGUGUUUUAUUUAAACACCACUUACAUGUACUUUAAACUCGUAAAUGCUAUUAUGUUCAUAUGUUGAACAAAGGGUUAUAAUAAAGCUAUUGCGGACAAACA